CUUAAGGUGCGUAUACAUAUGCGAGCCGAGCGGUUCGCGAGCCGCUUGUCAGCCGCUCGAUGGUGGUUCGUUGAAAUGAUUUUUUCCGCGAACAUCCAGCGAUCCACAGAUUCAGCGCACCAAACGCAAACAAACAUCGCAGUCGACAAAUGCAGUAUGGCUUCGCGAAACGAAAAUUAUACUAUUUUAGUGAUGAGUGCUGCAGUUUUAGUAAUGGCUGAUGUAAAUAAAAAAAGAGAAGACAACGACGUUGGUGGCCGGUGGCGUACUAAUUUAUUCAAGAAACGCAGUGGUACGGGAAUUUUAAUGGACCUAAAGUCGCAAGAAAUAAGCGGACAGUAUAAAAAUUUCACUCGAAUGACACCUACUGACUUUGAGAAUCUGCUGCAAAGGAUUGGACCCCAUAUUUCAAAACAGGAGACUUAUUUUCGUACUCCAAUCUCUGCCCAAGAUAGUGACGAAACAGGUGAUUGUAGCGAUGAUGGGUUGGACAAUGAUGGUUCAGAAGUUGCAGGAACGCUACCUAAGACUCCCACAGCUUGGAAACAAGUUAGCAAGAUAUUUGAAAUUCGUUGGAACCUUCCUCAUUGUGUUGGUGCCCUAGAUGGAAAACACGUUGUUUUACAAGCACCAGUGAAAUCGGGUACCGAAUUCUUCAAUUAUAAAUCCAAUUUUAGUAUUGUGCUUUUCGCACUGGUUGAUGGUGAUUAUAACUUUAUGUUUGCUGACGUAGGCUGCCAAGGAAGAAUUUCUGAUGGGGGGGUUUUUAAGGCAAGCAAAUUAUAUCAGCAGCUUACAGAAAACAGACUAGGACUUCCAACACCAGAACUAGAAGGAUGUUCUAUGCAAAUACCGUAUUUUUUUGCCGGCGAUAGCGCAUUCGCUUUAAGCGAAAAUCUCAUGAAGCCCUAUACUGGGCUACUUUCCAAAAGGAACUCGUCAACGAAUUUUCAAUUAUCGUUUGAGUAGGGGUCGUCGCAUAGUUGAAAACGCAUUCGGUAUAUCAAGUGCAGUGUUUAGGGUGUUAAGAAAACCAAUGCUCUUAGAGCCUGCAAAAGCAGAGUGGGUUAUAAUGACAGUCAUUCUUUUGCAUAAUUAUCUCAGAAAACACUCACCAAAUAUUUAUACCCCUUUUGGCACAUUAGACUAUGAAGUUAAUGGAAAUUUAACUGAGGGAUCAUGGAGAAAUGAAGGAGAUAUGACGUCUAUGGUACCUAUAUGAAAUAUUCCUCGAAGACCCACAAACUAUUGUACAAAAGUUAGAGAUGAAAUCGCUAAUUAUUUUAUAAAUAAUGGAGCUCUAGAAUGGCAGGACCAAUAUGCUUGAAUUUAUAAAAAUAAUUACUUACCGUAGCAAGUCUUUUUCGUGGCAAAUCUCUGUCUUCUAAAAACCUAAAUGCUUCAUAGGCAAACCAUCUGCUGCAAUAAACUUCAUCUCUUCCUGAAAAUUAAAAUCGAGAUUAAAAUUAUAUACGGCAAG